GCAAGCCCCCACUAAAUUCGCUCCGCGAUUCCUGCUAUAUUUACGAGGAGAGUCUGAGCUCUCAGUGCGAUGCCUCUCUCUGCUUGAUCUUGCUCGCCUCGUCCGAUUUUUGGUUUUCUUUUAUUUUAAUAUUUCCUUGGAAUUUGAUUGGGAAGAAGAGUGCGGUCAGUGCAGACUGUUGUUCUUUCGGUUGUCCUCUGAUUUUUGUUUUUUAUACAGUAUAUAUUUCUUGUUGACUUGUUUUUGACCUCGAGACGUCAGGCUGGUGAAAACCUGAGAAGAUGGAGAGAAAAUGAUUGUUGGGUACGGGCACCCGCUUGAUUUGGGGAAUGGGAUGUUGGGCGUGAAUGGCUGCUUAGAUUUGAUUGAUUUACCGAGCUGAUCUUGUGUGGUAGUUGACUUUCCGAAGGAAAGGGAAAAAUUGGUGAUAACUAUAUGUGUAUGUUUUCCUCUUUUCAUUAAAGUUUCGCGCACCAGCUAUUGUGUUGGCAAGGAUGGUACUCCUCGGGCUCCGGUAGCGAUGUUCUUGGAAUCGAGUCUCCGGGGAACUGAUGCAUGCCGCUGAUUGUCACUUAGUAGCAUGGAGUUCGACAGCGACAAGUUCGUGAGAUUUUAUCCUUCUGAAAAGAAUUCUAAACUCUCAUGGGAGAAGGACGACGCAUCAAGCAAAGCAAAAUUUAAGUCGUUUGAUGUGGCAGCUCAUUUCCUGAGACCUGGGGUUUUUGGGCACUUUAGCGGAUCUUCAUCAUCUUCAUCUGCUGCGAAGUCGAAGGUCUUUGCGGAGGACCACGAGCCAUGGAGGAGGCGAAUUUUCGACCCGGGCAGCGAGCACGUUCUAAUGUGGAACCGCAUUUUCCUCAUGUCGUGUUUGGUAGCUCUGUUCCUCGAUCCGUUGUACUUUUACCUUCCGCGGAUAGGAACACGAUCCCCGUGCAUCGAUACGGAUUUGAGUCUAGGAAUUGUAGUGACCCUUUUCAGAACGAUUGCAGAUAUAUUCUACUUCUUGCACAUGCUGAUUAAAUUUCGAAUUGCGUACGUGGCCCCAAGUUCGCGCGUGUUUGGCAGGGGGGAACUUGUCAUGGAUCCUAAGAAGAUUGCCAUGAGAUACCUGAAAUCGGACUUUCUUAUAGACCUUAUUGCUACCUUGCCUCUUCCUCAGAUGGUCAUCUGGUUUAUCAUACCUGCGGUUAGGAACUCCAAUGCUGAUCAUACCAAUAACGCAUUAGCUUUGAUUGUUCUGUUCCAGUACGUUCCGAGAUUGUAUUUAAUUUUCCCCUUGAGUGAUCAAAUUGUGAAGGCAACUGGUGUUGUUACAAAGACUGCUUGGGCUGGGGCUGCUUAUAAUCUGCUUCUUUAUAUGAUUGCAAGUCAUGUACUUGGUGCAUCAUGGUAUCUGAUUUCUAUUGAGAGACAGACCACAUGUUGGAAGAGAGAGUGCAGAAGAGAGGUCACUGCUGUCUGCUAUUCUAGUUUUUUAUACUGCAACACAUUAAAUGAUAGUGAUCGUAAGGCCUGGGCAAAUGUUACACAAGUUUUUGAUAGGUGUGAUCCUCAGACCAGCAAGAUAUUUAGUUAUGGUAUUUUUGCGGAUGCCUUGAGUAAUCAGGUCGUCUCCACAAAUUUCCUUGAGAAAUACUUUUACUGCCUGUGGUGGGGUUUGCAGCAACUAAGUUCUUAUGGGCAGAAUUUGCAGACAAGCACCUUCAUCGGGGAGACUGCAUUUGCUAUACUCAUUGCCAUUUUGGGUUUAGUGCUUUUUGCACAUUUGAUUGGAAAUAUGCAGACAUAUCUUCAAUCUCUUACUGUGAGGCUUGAAGAGUGGAGGCUCAAGCGGAGGGACACUGAGGAAUGGAUGAGACAUCGUCGCCUACCUCCAGAUCUUCAGGACCGUGUCCGGCGGUUUGUCCAGUAUAAGUGGAUUGCCACGCGUGAUGUUGAUGAAGAGUCUAUCCUGCGUGGGUUGCCUACUGAUCUUCGUCGAGACAUUCAGCGGCACUUGUGCUUGGACCUUGUUCGGCGUGUACCCUUCUUCUCACAGAUGGAUGAUCAGCUCUUGGAUGCUAUAUGUGAGCGCCUAGUCUCCUCCUUGAGCACUGAAGGCACAUUCAUUGUACGUGAGGGAGACCCUGUCACUGAGAUGCUCUUUGUCAUUCGAGGGAGGCUUGAAAGUUCCACAACCAAUGGAGGGAGAACUGGUUUCUUCAACUGUAUUACUUUAAGGCCUGGAGACUUCUGUGGUGAAGAGCUGCUUGCAUGGGCUUUGCUUCCUAAAUCCACUGUGAGUCUCCCUUCUUCAACAAGAACAGUCAAAGCACUUGGUGAAGUGGAGGCUUUUGCAUUACGCGCAGAGGACCUGAAGUUUGUUGCCAACCAGUUUAGGCGGUUGCAUAGCAGGAAGCUACAGCACACAUUCCGCUACUACUCACACCAUUGGAGAACGUGGGCAGCCUGUUUCAUACAGGCUGCAUGGCAGCGCUACAAGAGAAGAAAGAUGGCAAAGGAGCUCAUGACACAGGAGUCAUUCUCCAUGACGAGGGAGCAACUAGAGGAAGAUGAGGGAAUGCAAAAUUGCUAUGAGAAACCCCCUGUCACUUCUAAUGCAAAACAAAAUCUUUCUGUCACCAUACUUGCGUCAAGAUUUGCUGCAAAUACAAGGAAAGGAGUUCAGAAAGUGACAGGUGUCACAGCACCAAGUUUAACGGAAGAGCUGCCAAAGUUAGCGAAGCCUGAGGAACCUGAUUUUUCUACAGAGGUUGAAGAUUGAAAAUAUUCAGCCAGUCUAACUUACGUAGACCGGAUAGUUUUUCUCUGAAAAUUAGGUGCUUUCCAGUUGAGGGCAUUUAUAUGACGAAUCUCCCCUGAAAGGGCUCAAAUUAAAAUUGUUUUCCUCUCUCUCAAUAUUUUGUGUGUAUUCUCGGUAGGAUGAUGACAAUGCAAAAUCUUGCCCUCUGUAUCGGAUUGUCAGAGCUUCACGUGGUUGAUGUACUUUGCUAACUAAUUUUGUCUAUUCUAACGUAGAUUGGAUUAUGUUUA